GCUUGAUUCAGAUUGGGAAACCCAGGAAAGGUGUGGGAUUAUCGGUGAAUAAGUUUUAUAACCCUGUUUGAGUCCCCUUUACAGUAACAUGGCGGCAAGGUCCUCUUCCAUGCGUAUUGGAAUUGUGGGAUUUGGACAUCUAGGGCAGUACCUGGUGGAGAGAAUCAUCAAAGAUGGAGCAUGUGCUGGCCUCUCGCUAGUGUUUGUUUGGAAUAGAAAUCCUGAAAAACUAAAGGGUUUGGUCCCAGAUGAACUCGUGUUGAUAAACCUGUCAUCCUUCGCAGACAGGCAAUGUGAUGUCAUUGUGGAAGUGUGCCAUCCUCAGGUGGUGAAAGAAUUUGGGGUCCAUUUCCUCUCUCGCUCACAUUUUAUGGUUGGUUCCCCCUCAGCUCUCGCUGAUCAUGACCUGAAUGAGAAACUUCGUCAGGCGGCGCAGCUGAAUGGACGAACGUUGUAUGUCCCCAGUGGUGCGUUAUGGGGAGGUCAGGACAUCCAGAGGUUGAAUGAUGGUGGGGCCUUACAGGCUUUAUUCAUAAGAAUGUCCAAGCAUCCAUCCUGCUUCCGUCUGACAGGAGAUGUCCUCAGUGACUGGACAGAAGGAGAAGGCAGGCGGGUUUUAUUCAGAGGCUCAGUGGCAGAGCUGUGCCCCCUUGCCCCCAACAACGUCAACACCAUGGCGGCGGCAGCAGUGGCUGCAGGGAAACUUGGUUUUCACGGCGUUCAAGGAGAGAUUGUGUCUGACACGGGGUUGAGUGACUAUCACGUGGUGGAAGUAGAAGUGAUGGGGGCUAAUGGUUUCUCGGUUCACACAGUUAGGAAGAAUCCGGCCCAACUCGGUGCCGUAACCGGUAGUGCAACAUACAACUCAUUUUGGAAUAGCUUACUUGUUUGCAAAGGUCACGGAGGCCGGGUCUAUUUGUGCUGAAGCAUCAAAUGCCCAUGAGCGACACACAGCAAAUUGAGGUGAAACAUGGAUAUCCCGUGCGGUUGUUGUCACGAGAACAGACAUGGAGGCUCUUUUGGCUUGAUGAAACAUCGAAGCAAAAAAGAAAGACCAGUUCUCAUUUAAAACUUUAACAAGUAUCUUGAAUCUUUAUUAUAAGUUGACAUGGUGCACAUCAGAAUAAAGGAUAAAACUCUCACAGGGAGUACACAUAAAUCUUGCAAAAUGCUUCCUUUCUCCUAUUGUAAUCUCAUUUCAAACGUGUAAACACAGUUGCAAUCACACCUCCCUUUCAAUAAUAAAUACCAAUGAACAAGCAGAAAAGCGGGAGUGUUAAGAUGGUUCACAGUAAUCACAGCAGAAAUUUAAGGCUUGGAAAUAAAAUCAAAACACAAAAACAAAAGGCCACAGUGUGAGAGGCUCAAUACCUUUUGGUGCUAUUGUUGUUUAGUGUGUGUU